UUUUUUUAUAAGACCGGAGAGAGAAAGAUAGAGAGAGAGUUGCAGAAACAAACGGUUUUUUUAAGGUCACGAGAGAAAACAGAGCAGCUAGCUGUUCAAUGGAGGAUUCAAACGAUUCUGUUUCCAUUGACAUUGAAAUGAUUUCUCCAUCCGAAAAGGAGUAUAUGAUCAAAACUGCAAAUGGUUGUGUAUCAGUUUCUGUAAUGGGUGAUCCAGAUAAGCCAGCUCUUGUAACAUAUCCAGAUUUAGCAUUAAAUCAUAUGUCUUGUUUUCAAGGAUUGUUCUUCUGUCCAGAAGCAUUUCCUUUGUUACUUCAUAACUUCUGCAUUUACCAUAUUAGCCCUCCGGGUCACGAGUUGGGAGCAGCCAUUCUUAAUCCAGAUGAACCGGCUUUAUCUAUGGAUGAUUUAGCAGAUCAGGUUGCUGAUGUUCUUGAUUAUUUCGGGCUUGGAGCAGUUAUGUGUAUGGGAGUUACAGCAGGCUCUUUUGUUCUAACACUUUUCGCGAUGAAAUAUAAACAUCGGGUUCUCGGUUUGAUACUCAUUUCUCCUCUAUGUAAAGGUCCUUCGUGGACAGAAUGGUUGUAUAACAAGGUGUUGUCAAAUUUGCUAUAUUAUUAUGGAAUGUGUAGUGUUGUUAAGGAAUUAUUGCUUAUGCGGUACUUCAGCAAGGAAGUUCGCGGAAGCUCACAAGAACCGGAGUCUGUUAUUGUUCAAGGAUGUAGAAGAUUGCUGGGAGAGAGGCAAAGUCCAAAUGUUUUUCACUUUAUUGAAGCCAUUAAUGGGAGACCGGAUCUCACUGAGGGAUUGAGGAAAAUUCAAUGUAGAACAUUAAUAUUUGUUGGGGAGAAUUCACCUUUUCACAUGGAAGCUUUACACAUGACAUCAAAACUCAAUCGAAGAUUAAGCGCUUUAGUUGAAGUUCAGGCAUGCGGCUCAAUAGUAACCGAGGAACAACCUCAUGCAAUGUUAAUACCGUUAGAGUAUUUUCUAAUGGGAUAUGGAUUCUACAGACCGUCUCAGCUAAACGUAAGCCCUAGAAGUCCGUUGAGCCCAAGUAGCAUUUCUCCCGAACUCUUCUCUCCCGAGAGUAUGGGCUUGAAGCUUAAACCGAUAAAGACUCGUAUCUCCAUUGAACCGUUAGUUUUAUAGUAUAAAAAACAUAAUACAAUGUGAAGAUAAUGGGAUUAAGACAACAAGAUCUUAGGAAUUUUUUUCAUAGUAUUUUAUUAUAUAUAUGUUUGUUCCUAGUUUUGUUUGAGUCAUUGUGCAUGAUUGUACAUCCACAUAAUGAUAAAAAAUAAUUAUAAGUUAUGCUUGUGAUGAAAUAAAAUAUUAUACCCAUUUUAGGUUCUC